GAGGGGGCUGAGGAGAAAAUAAGAGGCCUGAGCUUCCAAGGAGUCUUCUUGGCAGCCAAUGUGCAUCAAUUUCCAUGCUCCACCUCCACCAGGACCAUCAGGAACUCAAUCCCUGCCUGGGGACUGGCCCUGGGCUUUGGAGGAGCUGGGACCCUGCCCCAAAGCAGCUGGACCCUCCCUCCAGCCACUUUCAGCCCCUCGGCCCAGCCAGGAUCCCCCCUGGAACCCAUGAACUUCACUGACAGAGCCUCACAAUGACAGAGGAAGCAUGCAGGACCCGGAGUCAGAAGCGAGCCUUAGAACGUGAGGUCCCCCACAAUGAUGUGGACAGCAAGAAACUAAAAAUGGAGAAAGGACUUUUGGGAACAGACAUCAACACUGAAGGAGACAUGAAAAUCAAAACAGAUCCUGGAACUGGAAAAGUCCAAGGAUUAUUAAAAAGCGGAGAGGUGAAAGCAACCAUAAAAGUGGAGGUUCAGACUGGAGAUGAGCCUGUGGACAUGAGUACCUCAAAAAGUGAAAUAAAGAGAGAAAAGAGAGUCCCCUCUCCAGAUGUUAUUGUUUUAUCUGACAAUGAACCCUCCAGCCCUAGAAUGAAUGGUUUAACAAAAAUAGCAUUAAAAGAGACCAACACGGAGGUGCUCAUGAAGAGCAGUCCAGAGGAACGUGAGAGGAUGAUCAAGCAGCUCAAGGAAGAGCUACGGUUAGAAGAAGCCAAGUUGGUUUUAUUGAAAAAGUUACGGCAGAGCCAGAUCCAGAAGGAGACCACUACUCAGAAGCCUGCUGGUUCCUCUGGGAGUGCUGUGGCCACCCCUCCUCCCUUGGUGCGGGGACCGCAGAGCGUUCCUGCUGGCAAACCAUCCCUCCAGACCUCUUCUACACGUAUCCCAGGCACUGUUAUUCCUCCUCCCUUGGUCCGUGGAGGGCAGCAGACUUCUUCAAAAUUAGGAACUCAGCAAAACACGCAGAUAGUGAUGCCGCCUCUUGUCAGAGGAGCCCAGCAAAUCCACAACAUCAGACAGCACUCCAGCACGGGGCCACCUCCGCUGCUGCUGGCACCGCGGGCGUCCGUCCCCAGCGUCCAAAUCCAGGGGCAGAGAAUUAUCCAGCAGGGACUGAUCCGUGUGGCCAACGUCCCCAACACCAGCCUGCUGGUCAACAUCCCACAGGCUUCCCCAACUUCAAUCAAAGGUACAAAUGUGACAUCAGCUCAGGCCAAUGCUACCACAACCAGUGCUGCUUCCAUGGUCAACUCCAACGAGUCGCCCGCCAGCCGACAAGCGGCCGCCAAGCUGGCCCUGAGGAAGCAGCUGGAGAAGACCCUGCUGGAGAUCCCUCCUCCCAAGCCUCCAGCACCAGAGAUGAACUUCCUGCCAAGUGCAGCUAAUAAUGAAUUUAUUUACUUAGUGGGGUUGGAAGAAGUCGUGCAGAAUUUGCUGGAAACUCAAGGGAAAGUCUCAGUCCCUGUAUCCUCUCGGGAGCCCUACAUGUGUGCUCAGUGUAAGACUGACUUCACCUGUCGCUGGAGGGAGGAGAAGAAUGGAACCAUCAUGUGUGAAACCUGCAUGACCUCCAACCAGAAGAAAGCCUUGAAAGCUGAGCACACCAACAGGCUGAAGGCAGCCUUUGUCAAAGCCCUGCAGCAGGAGCAGGAGAUUGAGCAGAGGAUACUGCAGCAAACUGCUUCUCCUGUGCAGAGCAAGUCAGACUCCAUCGUGCAGCACCACUCUCUCAAGCAGACAUCCAGCCAGAUGUCUCGAGGUCCUCCUGGAGCUCCCAGAGGGGUUUUGCAUGCAUUCAGCCAGUCCCCCAAGCUGCAGAAUGCAUCUUCUGCAGCAGCCCUGGGGAGCAGGGCAGGUAAGCAUGCUGAGAGACCUGUCAGCAAGGGCAGUGCUGCCUCCUGGAAGAAGACUUCCAUCAAUACAGGGGGGGCUUUGCCCUUUGUCAGCCCCAGCUUAGCUGUGCACAAAUCCUCCUCGGCAGUCGACCGCCAGCGCGAGUAUCUCCUGGAUAUGAUCCCCCCCAGGUCCAUCCCACAGUCUGCCACAUGGAAAUAAUGCAGAGGAACACCCAAGAGGAAGACUUUCCUGGUUCUGCCAUCCUUUUUAUAUACCACAGUACAGUGGAAUCUGCUUUAAAUCCCAGCUGGAUACGCCCCAGGCUUUCUAGGAUGCAAGAAGACCACUCCUCAUCCCAUCGAGUGCUGCUGUCCCUGCUCUGAGAAAGUGACACCACGUGGGUGGCAAAGACUGGAGCUCAUUUGGUUCAGAUUCUGAUGAUUGACUGAUUGAUGAAGGCUGUCAGGGGAGGGGAAGAAUUGGGGAAGAAAUCUUUUUUUUUUUUUUUUUCCCUCUGUGUAUUUCGUUUGGAUUUUAUUUUAUUAAUUUUUUUUUGUCACCAGCACAAAAGGACUCAAAACGAUUUUUCUGCCUUCGGUUUCUUUAUUCCCAACUCCUCCAGCACCAGGAGUUUGAUGUUCCUGGGCCAUCCAGCACAGAUGGCAGGGCAAGGAGAGAGGAAUUUCAACCCCAUCUUUUGCAGAUGCAGUUAGUGAGCUGACUUCAUGUUUGCUUUUCUUCCCCUGCCCCUCCUCCAGCCAGGAAGGCAGUCUGCAGAUUAUUAAUAUUUCCAAAUCUUCUUCUUAUGAUGAUGAUGAUGAUGAUGAUGAGCUAAUGAUAAAUAAGUGCAAACUCAAAUUCCAGUUGAGUAUGUUUUGUUGUUUUGGUUUUUGUUCUAUUUUUUUUUUUUCCCCUAAGGGACUGGCUGCCACCCAAACUUGUCUGGUAGGUGGGCACUGGUGCAGGAGUGUCUCACUUUUGUUGGAUUCUCUUUUAAAUAGACUUUUGGACUGUU